UUGGUUUAUCAAGCCGCUUGUGUUGUGUAUCUCGCGCUUUAGAACAUUUGGCGGCUGGGCAAUGCAUGGAAUUUCGCAUUAGUUAUUUUAUAAAUUUUAAGUGAUAUUGCGGCUGAAUUAUAUAAAAACUUAAGGAAAACGUAAUUCCAGUGAUAGCAAUGAGUGCAAACGGCAAUGCGAUCACCGAUUGGAAGCGCCUCUGGCAGUUGGUAUCUGGCAUACACCAUGAGACACCGGAAAGUACCGUGCGGGAAGAAUUGCUUAAUGUAUCGAAAGAGUUGCAGGAUGGUGUGCUGCAGUUUCGUAAACGUUCUGCGUCGAAUGUAAAAUUGGAAGACUUGCUGAAGGAAAAGAAGCAACAAAAAUUGCUACCAUUCACGCAGAAUUUGCAAGAGCUCUUGGACCUGGAAUCCCAACAAUGUUGGGAGAUACUCUGCUACUACCUAACCAACGAAUAUCGCGGCUCUGCAAGUUCGCUCACCGCACACAUUUCUUCGGAGAGUAACAUGAGCAAACUCCUAGAUGACAUAUGGGGAUACUAUACACUUGAACGUAUGAUCGUUUUGAAAAUCGUUAAAAAUUUGUUACUUUUCUACAAAGUUCCUAACCAUCCCUAUCAUGCGCAAUACAAAGAAAUUUUAAAUAAAAUUACACUGCCAAAACUACGCGAUUCCUACCUCAAUCAGCUGGAGCAACUAAUCAACGAGUAUCCGCCUAACCAGUUGGCCAACGGUGAAUUUUUCGAUUAUCAUACGCGUCUAAUUAUCUGGUCAGAAGGAAAUGCACGCGAAAUUAACGAAGUUCUACACGUUCUACUGCUUAUUUGCGAGCAUUUGCCAUUUGAACUAAAGCAUAUCGAAAAACUAUUCAACUGCUUUAGACAGCACACUUUUGGGCGCCAGCAAAGUUAUUUAGACAUCGGAAAGCCCUUGCAUAACGAACUGAUGACACGCUUAGCAUAUUCGGAGACCAUAUUGUUAUUGAAGUGUUUUGAUUUAGAAGACACUGCUUCAACAUUGGCGUUAAAUAUUAUCGAUUCCUUAGAUAAGGAAAUAAUACGAAUGUAUCAUAAUCCAGAAAAUGGGCCACUUUUAUUGUCGUGGAUGUUACUCAAAAUUCGUUUUACAAAAGCUACAGAGGAAGAAGAGACGUUCUUGCCAUGCCAGCUUAUGGGAAAGAGGGCCAUUGGUCUAAGAUGUUUUGAGUAUUUACAAAAUCUACUCACCAACACAAUGUAUAAGGAUGAUUCCUUAGUUUCGCGCAUUGCACGUAAAACUGUGUACAACAUGCUUACGUAUAUGUGCGAGUUCUUUGAUGGGGAUGGUUCCUGUGCACGUCAUCCGUAUAUAUAUGAGCUUCUAUGCGAGCUACUCUCUUGGCCAUCAUUGGCGAAGGAAUUUUGCGCGGAAGAGGAAAAGGGCGUGCGCUCACUUUUCAAUACACUUUUGGAAACAUUUCCUAUUGAUUUUGUGCAUCUUUCAAUGCUAGCAAACUCACUAACCAAAGCGGGCAUUUCAUCAUUUAUAAAGGCCCAAUUAGAGUCACUGCCCAUAUUUACCGAUUUAUACGAUGAAAGUAAAUACCCCUUGCGUGCCAUCAACGAAGAGGAAUACAUUCUGACCGCCAACGUAAUGCCUUUUCCACACUUAGAUUUCAACAUUUCCGCCAAUACAACAGCAGUUGUAUUGCCUCGGCCCGAAGGCUAUUUUGUGCAUUUUCGUAUAUCUCUCAAUUAUUUUGUUGUUUUACAUCAUGAAAUCAACUGUUUGCUCGCCGAGACUGUACAAACCCAAGGCGAUUGGCAGCAGAAUGAACGCGUGCGCCGUAUCAAUGCCGGUCUCGAAUACUUGCAAAGUGUACUUCAACGCACAAAAUCGCUCAGCGCAAUAAGUGCUGAAAUGGUGCAUCCUACCGAAAUGUGCAUUGAUUUGUUAAACAAAUUCAAGGCAGUGCCUCAGCCACCUGUACAGAUGUUGGCGAAUUGCUUGAAUGUCUGCACUAUGCUAUUGCCGUUAGUGGACGCCGAGAUUUUCGCACGUGUCAUAACUCUUGAUAUUUUGCCAAUGAUUACUAACGAAACGCUCGAAAAUUACAAGGAUUAUGCGUUAGGCAUCUGCUUUGAUUCUCGCGUAGUUGGCACUUAUUUGGUCGAUGUGGAAAAAAAAUUAGAGCGUUAUGAUUUUCUGUUAGCCUAUUUGGGGUUUUUACGCUCGUAUACGAAGUUGCAACGAAAUAAAUUCUUGAAGAUAGAAAUACCCGGCUUAAUAUUUUUGCUCCGCGAAGUAUUUCCACACAUGCACGCCUGGGGAUUUCAAAGUCAAUCAGAGCGUCACAAAAUAUACAUUGAAAUUAUGGGUUUCGUUUGCGACAUCUUGGAUACCGUAACAAGUCUUGGUAGCAAAAAUGAGAAAAUAAAUUCGGAUAAACAGUUUCUGCGUGACGUAUGCACACACAGUUUAUCGAAUAUGGAAAACGGAAUGAUGCUCUUGAGAUUCGUUGCUCUGGGCAAUGCUUACUUGCAACAUACCAUGGAGAUGGAGUCAAAUUGGAUGAUUCAACAAUCGCAUGGCAUUGUGCUACUUGUACGCUUAGCUAUGCGUAUUCUCAUGCAACUAUUACGGCUAAAGACCUCAACUUUGGAAUCAAAUGAGCUCUCUCCGCUCGAAGCGCUUAUUUACACACAACCCAAGCAACGUGAUACACUCCGUAUUAUUCCAGUUGUUACUAGUUACAUGAGCAAUAUUUUCGACCGCUGGCUGCCCAUUCUCUCUUGUCGCCUUUUGCGUCGCAUUGCGCUCGAAUUCAAUAUGUCACUGCUGGCAUGUCUCGAUAUGGAACCGGAUCAAAUACGUCUAACAUUUCUGCAGCGCUUACCUGAUGAACUAGAAAGCGAUUCACUAAAGGUAGCCAUUCUGGAGUUAGUGGAGGCUUGCAUCGAGAAGCAGCCAGGUGUCACAGAGGCAUUUUUCAAAGUUAAUGCCACCCAAGAAAAACGCUUUCUAGGCAAGGAGGUUGGUGUACAAAUCGCCGAUAGCAUACUGACUUUCCUUGAAGAUUAUCUGGAGGCUGUAGGUAAAGAUCCGAAAACUGUGGAACAUUCAUUGCCAAGCAAAAUAAUGAAUAUUUUCCAUUCGUUGUGGAAGAAUGGCAUGCAGAGUUUGGUGGAGGAUCUCACUAAGCGUCCCAAAUUUUGGUUACAACUCUGCAAUCCUCUCUUCAGUACUUUGGAUUCAAAUGCACGUGUAUACACCCAGCUAUUAAAUAUACUCUCAAUUGAAAUAUUUUCUACAACGACAAAUGGUAAUGGUGAGUUAAAACAAGUUGUUUCGCGCUUCUUUGAAACGCCCAACUUUUACAAAUGGAUCAAUUACGUUUUUGAUAUGCCCAAAACGCCGGCUGCUGAUCCUUAUUGCGCCAUUGACGUUUUCAGUGAAGACGUGCCUGAAUGGCUUUGUCGGCUGGCAGCAUUUAAAAGCUUCCUUAUCAUACUUUUAAAAAAGCAGCCACAAUUUAUCGAAAUACCGCCUAAGCAAUUAAAAAAAUUGGCUGAGGAGACGCUCGUGCACUUGGUGGAUCGCGCCGAAUUCAUCGAAGAUCUGCGUCCAUUUAUCGUGCUUAGUGAGUUGUAUCUCUUCGUGCUGCUCAGCUUCAAGCUCUCAUACACAGAUACGCCUGAGGAGGAUGUUGAAAUGCUGAAACAGAUUAUAAAGCUACUCAGUCGCCUAUCCUCUUGCUACGAGGACUUGCAUAUACGCGCCAAGGAAGCCUGCCUGGCAUUCACAAUCAAGUGCGCCGACGUGCUAGCAGUUGAGUUAUUGAACGACUCCAACUCGGCGCUAAAUUUCCUCUAUUCGGUAGUAAGCAUCAUUUGCACAGAGCUACAAACUUUAGAGAAUAGCGCACGCGUAGAGAAUCAAGCCAAGUUGGAACUAGAAAACCUGCAACAAAGCUCAUCAAACUCUCUGGUAUUGAGUUUUAAUCUACUCAAAACUGUGGCAAGCAUCUUCCACGAUUCCGGUCCUGGCAAUUGGGAUCUGCCUUUCAUCGUAAAUAAAGUAUUUCAACGCUUGUUGAGCUGCGCUAGAAGUAUACUGCAGCUGUACAGUAAGCAAAAACUAGCUGUCGAGUUGCUCGACGUAUUGAUUGUAUUUGCGAAAGGCAACUGCUCGGCAGAAUUUUUACACUGCGAUGUGGGUGAUUAUUUGUGGCUGAAAUUGUUGCCGCCUAAGGAUAUAUUGCAAACCAAUUUUGCAGUUAUAGGGCAAACAAAAACUGAUGACAAUAGCUGGACUGUGCAAAAGUGGUGGCCCAUCUAUACGCGUGGUAUUACUUUGGUCACGAUUAUGUUUGAGAAACAUAAGCAUUACUUCGUAAAACAAGCAUUGCAAUUCGUUGGCAUUCAUGAGCAAUAUUUGGUGGACUCAUUGCUGCUUGCUAAACAAACACUCGAACCGUUAGCCAUGGAGUUAAUUAAGAGCGCUGUUACUUUGGUAUCAAAUUUGGUGGAAUUCGAGACGCUUUGGCGUUUGGAACAUUCGCAGUCGCUGUUCAACUUGAUGCGCGCCGUGCAAGUGCUCAUGGGCCAUUGUAUUUCAAUGUUCCAUCAACCGAAAAAUCUUAAAUGUCUCAUAGCAGGUCGCGGCUUGCAGCUGGAUAUAUUAUCGGAUAUAGAACGACCGGGAUUUACCGAUGAAGUCAUAAGCGCAUUCAACAAUCUCACUGAAAUCAUCACGCUGAGCGUACAGAGUCUGCUGCGCUUCAGUCCAAAGCUCUUGGAUUUGAUAUGUUCGCCUGAGUUUUUAGUUACAAAAUAUGAGCCUAUUUUCGAGAUACAUUUUGGGGCGCCCAAGUUGAAUGAAACCGCCAUGACACUUUCUUUUGGAACAGUGCUGAGCAUUGUUGGUGUGUUCACGAAAGUUUUGAAUUUGCAAGGUCAUGGCUUCCACGAGGUGCCGCUCAAUGUAAUACCUUCUACUUCCAGUGAAGGCACAAGUGCAACACAAGCAGGUGCAGCUGCUCUCGCACGAACUCAACGCCAAUUUUCCAAAUCAGUUUCCAUUACAUCUGUUUCAUCGGCGAAUUGCCCACCAAACGAGUUAUUAUGCAAUCUUGAUGGCGAACUCUGUUUGCUUGCGCUCGAGCACAUACUCAUGUUAGCCGCCUCGCAGAGUAUGUUGGCGUUGAAAAAUCCUUACUUGCCUGCACGCGAAAAACAAAUUGUACGGCGCGAGAUCAGCACCGAAUUGUUAACUUUCCACGAAUUUGUUCGCAAGAAGGUUCUGAUUGAGCAUCGCGAACACCGCGAAAUGUGGUAUCGACGCAAACAUGGCCUGGUUUAUAUGCAGUUGGGUGAUGGUGCUGGUGUUGGUUCGACUGCCACAAGUAGCAGCGCAUCGGCUAGCGGCAGCGGCUCUACAACGAUGGCGCGCGGUGCAUCAUCAACCGCACAGUCUACUGCGCGGCGCCAUUCAAUCGACUUGCGUGUGAACGUGGUCCGUCGUCUUUAUCUACAACAAGAACAUAAUCGGCAACAACAACGUACCCCAGCAUCCACUAGUGGCGGUAAUGACUUCGAAAUGUCGCACGUGAUAAGUCCAAUUGGUGCUGGUGGCGGGCGUACUCAGCAGCCAGCAGCGGUCUCUUCCACACCACAGCUGUCGCGUCCACCUCUCCGGCGGCAAGGCGAACCUACGCAAACGUUGGGUAGUAGUGAGCUGAAGCGUAACUGUGGCGUAGAAAGUGUGAGCGGUAGCAACAAUGAACCAGAUGCAGAGCAGGUGGAAGAAGUUGACGAAAUACAAUAUUUCCCACCUGAUGAGCCUAGCUACACGCCUCUCUCGUACGUGCAGCUGGUGGAAGAAGAUUAUUUGCACUUUAUGUCAAAUCUAUUCUCGGUGAUAUGCCAGAGUGAUUAAUGGGUCAGAAUAGGACAGAGUGGAGAGGUGAAUUUUUUAGCAUUCGUUGUCGACUGUAGCAACAAAGAAUAAGUAUAUAUAAGUACGAUAUUAAGUGUGUGAAGCUUUGCCGACUAAAAGUAGCAAUUAUGCAGCAACUUAGUUAUAAUUUUAUAAUUUUGUGAAAAUACAGUUUUCUAUGAACAAAAUGAAAAUGGAGUGUAUAAAAAAAAUAACGGAUUUUCAACAAAUCAAGAUGGCUGGACGGGAAAUGGUCAAAUCAGAGAUAUAAUUGACGUUUAUUAGAAGGUCAGUUAAUAUUCCAUAUGCUUUUUUUCUUAAUUUUUCCAUUACAAACUAUUAUUUUUUGGGCAUUGCGUAUGGCUUUUGAUAUUUUUGCAUGUUCGCCAUUGCAGGGUUAAGCAUUAACAAAUAAUUUUUUUCGUCAUAAGCGCUCACUGAUCAACGUAUUAUCUACCUACCUUCGUAGUAAUAUGCAUGUAUUUACAUAUAUACAUAUUUGUGCAUAUACAUGAUCCUCUCAUUCAUAUACAUACAUAUGUAUGUACAUAGAUUUGUUACCCCCAUAUAAACUUGCAAAGACUGACGUUGUCAAUGGGACGAUGAUGAAUUUGAAACACAUACAAACAUGAUCGUUGUUUUGGCGAUUAUAGAAAUUAUGUAUGUAUAUACAUAUUAUGUAGAUAUUUUGUGGACAUAUGCAGCUGUCCACAAAAUAAUAGGAGUGCGAUAUAUUUUUCGGUUUUGACUUGUUUCUUUUCUUUAUUUAAUGUUGAUUAAUUUUUUAUAAAAGCAUAGCGCAAAACCUAAAUAACCUGUGCAAAAAUU